AUGACAGCACCGAAAGGAGACAAGCAUUUGGAGGAAAUAAAGGCUGCCAUCAGAGUUUAUCCAGAUUUUCCCGUGAAGGGUGUGCUUUUCAGGGAUAUAUUUGGGGUGUUUCGCGAUGCUCGGUUACGUGAAAAAUUGUUUUCGGAACUGCUCUCCUUCAUCCAAGAGAAAGUGAGCCGAACUCACAAGGUUGACGCUGUAGUUGGGCUAGACGCCCGUGGUUUCCUUUUUGGUCCCUUCAUCUCGGCAGGUCUCAACUGUGCCUUUAUUCCGGCUCGAAAGGCCGGCAAACUUCCUGGGCCGUGUCAUUCCGCUUCAUAUGAUCUCGAAUAUGGAAAGGCCACACUUGAAAUACAACGUGAUGCCCUGAAACGGGAUGAUCGAGUGCUUCUGUUGGAUGAUCUGCUUGCCACCGGAGGGAGUUUGAAAGCUUGUGUGGAUUUAGUUCACAGGGCUGGUGCUAUCCCUGUAGCGGCUGUUGUUAUUAUGGAACUGGUUGACUUGCCCGGUAAAAGCUUAUUAGAAAGUGCCCAUGUUCCGGUCUAUUCCCUGUUCCAAUUCUGAGAAAUGUGUCCGAUGUGACUGGCUUGGUCGCCGCAAUUUUUAUACGCAUCGUGUUCACCACCGACGUGACUAUCUUAGAGUAUCUUUUCUGGACUAGUCUGCAUCUAACGAUGGUCUCAUACCCUUUUGGCAGACCGCCUUAGUUUCACAAAAUCUAUUGUUUUGUGUGCGUAUUGGUUUGUUUUUGAACCGCUGAUUUCCAUGCCUUUCUGCUUCCCUAUCUUUUAUUGCCUCACAUCACGCAGUAUGCGCCAAAUAUUUUGUUGGAAUACUCCAUCUAAAUAUUACACCAAUU